AUGAGUAAAGUGCAAAAGGCUGGAGUGUCUGGAGAUGAACAGCACAGUCACAGAAUCCGCAUCACUUUGACAUGCCAAAAUUUAAAGUCUAUUGAGAGAGCUUGUUCUGAUUUAAUUGCCGGGGCCAAGGAUAACAAUCUCGCAGUUAUUGGCCCCGUUAGAAUGCCAGUAAAGACCCUAAAGAUUACAACGAGGAAAUCACCUUGCGGUGAAGGAACUAAUACUUGGGACCGAUUUGAGAUGAGAAUAUACAAGCGUCUAAUAGACCUGUACUCAUCCAGUGACAUUGUGAAUAAGAUAACUUCUGUGACCUUAGACCCAGGGGUAGAUGUGGAAGUAACCAUAUCUGAUCCCAAUUGA